AUGCCUGGUCCAUCCUUGGUGUUGAUAUCACAGAUUGAACAUCUUGGGAGACUCCUGAAAAAUCUUCCACAAUCAUUGCCCCUCAACCCACCUAAUUCUUUCUAUGACUUUGGUCUUGACACAGAGAUGGUUGAGGAGGAAGGGGUGUGGUUUGCAUUCAACAGAAAUCUGGAGCAUGGGAGAUGUUACGAGGCCCUGGUUUGGAUGUUCAAGGAGAUGGUGAAGAAACUUGCAAAAGAUUCUGAGCAUGACUUCCUUUGUGAGGUGUGGCUUGAGCGGCUGAUCAGUGCUGCACAACAACAGGGUGCAAAGGACCUACGGCAGAUUGGUGGUGGUAGCACUAAAAGACCUGCCCCAGAGAUACAUAUUUCCGAGUCAGCAGUAGAUGAACAUCCUGAAAAAUGCUCAAAAGCUUCGCACUCACCUCACAUGAAUGCUAGACUGUCAACCAUCAAUGUGGACUCGGACUCUGAGGGUCUCAAUCCAGGUUCAGAGCUUGAUAUCAAAGCCACUCAGCCAAAAGGGAAGAAAGCACAAAAGAAUGUCAACAAGGCUGAGUCCCAACCAAGCAACCUUUCAACAAUGGAUCUUGCAGAGCUUUCAAGGCCUGAUUCAAAUUGGAAAGAUCAGCAGACUGGGAAGAACAAGCAAAUUGCUCCCAAAGUUGGCUGGUCUGCACAGACAAUUGCUAGCAGGCUUGCUCAAGAUCAACCAGCACUCUUCUCUCACCUGAACAAGGGAAUUGUCCAAAAAUGGCUGGACAAGGAAACGAAAUGUGGUUGGUCAUUGGUGACAAUUCAAAAUGUCAAACAACAUUAUGCGCUGGCAGGAUCGGGACAAAUGGGGGUGCUUGCGAAGUACCCAGCAGUUAAAUUUGUUCAGUCGUUCUUCAAGAGUGUGUUGAACUGGAGUCUGAGGAAGGGAACACGUGCAGCAGCCCAUCUUCCAGCUGAUGCCGAAGAAACCUGCGAAGAAUGUUUCUUUCGGUUGGUCUACAUCAUGAAAUGGCACAAUGUACCUCCAAAGCUCAUGGUUAAUUUUGACCAAGUAGGCUGCUAUCUCUUACCAAAUAGCAGUACCACAUUUCAUGAGCGAGGCUCCAAACAAGUGGUAUUCACUGCAGAUGGUGAUUUCUUGCCAUUUCAACAAGUUUGGGCAGGUGCAUCCGAGCGUUCAUUGCCAUCACAUAAUGCUCACGGCAUGAAUGGUGCAAUUGAGCAUGGAUUUCAUUUUGCAUUUGUGAAAAGUGAUAAGAAAAUGAGCCACUACAGUACAUUGAAGACCAUGCAAGAGUGGAUCGAGAACAUCCUUGAGCCAUGGAGAAACAUUGUCAUUGAGGCAGAUCCCAAUCUUGAUGAUGACCAGCAUGCAAUUGUCUACCUCAACUGCUACCUAGUGCACACCAGCCAGGAUUUUCGUGCAUAUGUUUGGGAGAAGUAUCCAUGUACAGGAAAGUUCCAACCUGCUGACGUCAGGCUGAACAGGGUGAUCAAGCACCAUCUCAAGCAAAACCAAGUGAAUUUUCUUGUUGAAACCCACAACAGUCAAAUCUCUUGUGGACUCAUUCCUGAGCAAGUAAAAUUUACAACAUCACUGCCAGUGCUACAAGACACAUCAGUUGCAGCUCUUGUUGAUGUUUAUGACUUCAUGAUGAGUGCUGCAGGACACGAGUUGGUCAAAAAGGGAUGGGAAAGGUGUACUGCAAAGGAAUGUACAGUUCAUGAUGACAGCGAAGAAUCAUUGGAACAUGUCGAAGAGAUGCAAGAAGAUGACUCUGAUGUUCCUUUGAGUGCUGUGAUCAAUGAUGCACUUGGGAUAUCAAUUGAUAAAGCUUACAACCUGGGGUAUGUGGUUUCGGAAGUCAAGCAAGCUGCAGAUCAGACUCUGAUGGCAGCUGGAGAUGCGGAGGACAUCUGGGCUUGGAAUAAUGGGGUGAAAAACUUCCUACAGUAUCAGCUGAUGAGCCUUGGUAGUAGCAAUUUUUCAUACUAG